AGUGAAGACCAAGAAUUAAAAUAUUAAAUAUUUCGAAUUUUUGCUGCUCCAUAUCUUGCCACUCAAUAUUUAUGUGUGAUAUAUUAGCACUAAUUGAUAUAAAUAGAUGAUAUACAAAAUCUUCCAAGUGAAGAUCAAGAAUUAAAAUCGUCUUAAUAUUGUUGGAAAAUACAAAAAAAUGUUUGUUUGUAUAGGAAAGUUUAAGCCUUGAAAAUUAUGCUCACAAUAUUUACAGACCAUAAAGUGUUAUCAAUAAUAUCUCAUCAAAUAAAUAAUUUUGUAUUCAUAAAGAUACAUCUGGUAAUAGAGUUCAAAGUCUAAGGUGCAGCGAUAAAAAUUCCGUCUGAUUAAGAACAUCUCUAAUAACUAGCUUAAUAUUUUUAUAUUAUACAAGUCUCUUCUAAUGAUGUAAUUUCUUUAUGAUAAACAGUUAAAAUGUUAAUAAAUUAAAAGUUUAUUGCAAAUACUUUUAAAUUUUUUCUUUAUCAAUGCUUGUCCCAAACGAAACGUUAUCUAAAAAACGAUUCGUUUUUUCAUCUCGAUGUCGUCCAGUUAAAUGACAUCAGUUUUCAAACGAAACAUAGCUUAGUCGAUUGAGUAGGCUUGACGAGUCUGGAUUUUACCCAACUAAUAAAACACCAGUAUCAUCAUGUCGGUGCUAAAUAAUAUAAUCAAAAUUAACAAAUUAUAUUCGCGUAAUUCAGGGGUUUUGAGAACGUAUCUUAGAUAUUCUAGCUCUCAAAGUGAAUUUUUAAGAUCACCUUUUCCCGAUCUUAAUAUUCCGGAUGUUAAUAUUGUGGAUUAUGUUAUGCAGGGUUUUGGGAGAUGGCCCAAUAAAAUUGCUUUGGAAUGUGGUAUAACAGGAAGAAAAUAUACAUUCGACGAUGUACGAAUAAAAUCAAACAAAUUUGGAAUGGCUUUGAAAGAAAUUUUAAAACUUAAAAAAGGCGACGUUUUAGCUUUAGUUUUACCGAAUGUCCCAGAAUAUGGGCUUUGCGUGUUUGGUGCUAUGAAAAUGGGAAUUACUAUAACAACAGUUAAUCCAAUAUAUACCCCAGCUGAGGUUGAAAGACAAUUUAUUGAUUCAGACACAAAAGCAGUGGUGACAUUAGGAAUGUUUAUUCCACUUGUUAAAGCAGCCACAGCGAAAAUUAAUAAGAAUAUCCCUAUAAUUGCUAUAAAAAGUGAUCCAAAUGAACAAUUUCCUGAAGGAACGAUUAUAUUUAAUGAUUUAUUGGGGGCAAAUGUUAAUUGCAAAGAAGAUCCAAUUUUUGGGGAUGAAAUUGCGGUUAUCCCUUAUUCAAGCGGGACAACUGGUUUGCCAAAAGGAGUAGAAUUAACCAAUAACAAUUUAGUAGCAAACGUUACUCAAUAUAAUUACGACGCCGAACCAGAAAGAGAACACGAUAUUUUACCAAGCGUUCUCCCGAUGUUUCACAUUUACGGUUUUACAAAUCAAAUUUUGGGAUCUUUGCAGAAAGGAAUCAAAUUGGUUACUCUUCCGAAAUUUACACCCGAACUUUAUUUAUCAACGAUUGUAAAGCAAAAAGUAACAGCACUCAUGCUGGUACCACCAAUUGUUUUAUUUUUAAAUUCUCAUCCAGCCGUUAAACGAGAGCAUUUACAACAUCUUCGAUGCAUCGUUUGUGGAGGGGCACCAUUAAGUGCAAAUGAUGAAGCUAAAUUUAAAGAAAAAGUGGGAAAAAAUAUACCAAUAUUGCAAGGUUAUGGUCUCACAGAAACAUCACCACUAGUUCUAACUGUUCCAGAAGGAAAAGAAAAAGAUGGUGGAAUGGGUUAUGUUGUUAAUAACACUAUAGUAAAAGUGGUUUCAAUAGAUGAUCCCGAUUGUAAACAUUUAAGUUCUAAUAAUGUUGGAGAAUUACUUGUGAAAGGGCCCCAAGUAAUGAAAGGGUACCAUAAUAAACCUAAAGAAACGGAAGAAGCAUUUUGGAAUGGUUUCUUAAGAACGGGAGAUUUAGUUCGUUACGAUGAAGAUGGAAUGUUUUAUAUUUGCGAUAGAAUUAAAGAAUUGAUUAAAGUGAAAGGUUUCCAAGUUCCUCCUGCAGAAUUAGAGGAAGUUAUUAGAAGAUAUCCCGGUGUUGGAGAAGCCGCUGUUAUAGGAGUUCCGCACGAGAGAUAUGGAGAAGCACCUAAAGCUUAUAUAGUUCAGAAACAGGGAAGUAAAAUUGAUGUUGAUAAAUUGGUGGAGUUCGUUAACGCAAAUGUGGCACCAUAUAAACAACUUUCUGGUGGAGUUUCCAUUGUAGAUAAUAUUCCCAAGAAUCCAUCCGGAAAAAUAUUGAGGAGACAAUUAAAAAUUUUAUAUGAAAAAUAAAAUAUAAUAAAAAUUUUAAUAAAAUUA